CCGGCGGCGCACCUGUGUAGCCUCCGCCAUCGAGGCGCGGCGAGCGCCUUUCUUGUUUGGCUUUUUACCACCGAGGAGCAUGCACAGCAACGCCGUGAUGGCACCGCCGAGGAACCCUGGGCCGUGCUGCGCCGCGAAGGCCUUCGCCGCCGGGGCGUGCGCGCCGCAUUGCGCUGCGAUUUGGCUCUUCGUCGUCACGAGCCAGUCGUAGGACUGGGCCGCCAAGGCCCGGGCCCGGCUUUCGCUCGCGGCGGUCUCGUUCACGUCGGCGGACGCCGUCGCGGCCGCGGCGAGAAGGAGGGCGCAGAUGCGCCGGCGAGCCAUGAUCCGAUGUCGUCUCGACUCUCGACGCCCGCGGCGCGUGGUCAAACCGUGCUGAUGUCGACGCCUCUUUUACCUCGGGCCUUUUCGUCGCCGUCGGCGAGUGUGUUUGAGAGCGAUGGUGUGCGCGCGCGUCUGCGAUUGCCUUCUCAGAUCGCAGCCUGGCGAGAAAUUUUGGGUUUCACGCACGACGAGGCCUGAAUUUCGAGAUCUGGGACCCCUGUGCGCGACACGAGCCUACGCGCAGAGUCUAGCGUCGACAGAGCCGCUCGAGAGCCACAGGAACUGGCCAAAGAUAAAGCUGGGAAUGGGCUAGUGGGCGAGCACGCUAGUCAUUAUGCUGCUCACAAGCAUUUUGCUUGGCGAUUUGCAGAAACACUGGUCCUGUCGCAGUCAGUGAGGCAGCAAAGGUUGCGACAACGCUGCUGCAACCGGACCACACGCGUGCGAUCAGAUAACCAAGCAAACGCAUACUAGCGAGAGCUGCAGCCUGCACGCUGCACAACACCAUGGCGCAGCAACCGAACCCCGAAGCCGUCAUAAACACGCUAAUCCACACGUUUUCGGCAGACGCCGCAACCAGAAAGGCCGCAGAAGAAGGCAUAGCACAACUCACGUCGAUGCGCGGUUCGCUAUUCCUCCUCGUGCAGGUCGCGGCGGCGCCGGUCCGCGAGGACGCGCGCCAGGCCGCGGCCAUUACCGUCAAGAAUCUAAUUAAGAGAAAGUGGGGCGAGGACGACAUUUUUGGGAGCGAGCCGGACCGCGCGCAAGCGCGGACGGCGGUGCUCGACGCGCUCAUGCGGCCCGACGUGACCGGGCCGGUGCGGGACCAGCUCGCUGAAGCUGUUAAUGAAUUGGCGACGCGCGACUUUCCGGAGCGGUGGCCCGAUCUCCUUCCUGCACUACUAAGAGUGAUCCACGCCAAACCCGAUCCUACUUCGGUACAUAACGCGUUGUUGGCUCUGAGAAAAGUGGCCAAGCGCUACGAGUACAAGUCCUUCGAUCCUAAUUCUCCUGAUGAUGCCGACAAUAGCACAAGAGGGCCUUUGGAACAUUUGGUAAGGCAGGCCUUCCCUUUGUUGCGAGAUUUGUUAAGGACCGUAUUACCGUCAACAGGCCAGCACGCCGACGCGGCAUCAUUAGCAAAACUCAUCCUCAAGAUCUUCUGGUCUUGUACGCAGUUCGCGCUACCGAGAGUGGCCUUAAACGACGACACCGUCGUGCUAGGGUGGUUCGAGGACGUACGGAUGGUCCUCGAGUCGGACGCGCCGGCGCCGUCCGCCCAACACCCGGAGGAGGACGACGCCGUGGAGACGCAGCCGGCCUGGAAGCUCAAGAAGUGGGCGGCGCAAAUUGCCACUAGAUUCUUAACGCGAUAUGGGAGGCCGAAGUUCGCCGAAGACGGCGCGAAGCAGUUCGCGCGGAGGUUCGCGGCCGACGUGGCUCCACUACUUUUGAAUAGUAUGCUCGGGUUGUUAGCUGCUUCCGCUCGUGGUAGGUGGGUGUCUCGACGGGUGAGACAGCUAGCUUUCACCUACGUCUGUUCAGCCGUCGAAGUCGGAUCGUUGUACAAAUUACUCAAACCUCAUUUGGAGUUCGUGUUGUUCGAGUGCACGUUACCGACGAUGUGUCCCACGCCCUUGGAUAUAAAACGCUUUACUGAGGAUCCCCAAGAAUUUGUCAGGAGGGCCCACGACCCGCUCGAGGACUUUUAUGAACCUCGAGCGGCGGCGACGGCGUUAGUCGGUGAUCUCGUGCGGUGCAAGGGCAAGGUGGUGUUGGAUCCGUUAUUGCAGAGAAUCGCAUCCGUACUGGAAGCCUACCAGCAGGCACCGUCCCUAGAAACGGCGAGACAGAAGGACGGCGCGUUAUGUGCCUUAGGUGCGAUUGCGGACGAGUUGCAGUCGCGAAACAACUGGGCGCCUUUGAUUGCUGCCUUGCUAGCUACGCAUGUGUUACCAGACCUCGAACAGGGCUCGCCGUUCGGGAUUUUGCGAUGUCGCGCGUGUGAAACGCUACAACGCUUCUCGGAGCAUACUGCAGUGACAGAAAUAAAUCAGAGGGUAUGUGCUGCUUUAUUGAGAUCGUUAGACGACCCGGACCUACCAGUACGCGUCGAAGCGUUUGGUCUCGUGAGAAGUUUACUCGCGUCGGACGUCGGGCAAUUCGAUCAGUUACUCAGACCACAUUUGGGCACGUUGUUGGAUGCCUGCUUCCGAGUGAUGCGAGAAGCGGCUUCUGAUGACGUCGUCCAAGCUCUGGAGAUAGUCGUAGAUAGGUAUGGCAAAGAUAUAGCCCCCUACGCGGUAGCGCUAGCCCAGAAACUCGCCGAGGCCUUCCACGCGUAUGCGGGGGAAGACGACGACGAGGAGGCGUCCAUGGCGGCGGUCCAGUGCGUGGAAGCGAUGGCCGCUGUACUUGCGUCACUAGAUGAUAACGAGAACAACGUCUACGCGCAGCUCGAACCGUAUCUGAGGCCCGUACUACACAGAGUUUUUGAGGAGUCGGGGGAGUUUCUGGAGUACUUCGAGAACGGCAUCGAAGUGGUAUCUUAUCUCACGUACCACGGUUCGACGCCCUUCUCGGACGAGUUGUGGAGCUUGUUCGACCAGAUGAUCCGGGCGUUCCACGGGUUCGCGUGCGAUUCUGUGUGGAAAUCAGUGUGUCGGGACGCCAUCGAGCAGGCGUCGCGUCGAUGGCGUGGAACGCGCCGUAAAAUUUUGAUUUCCACACAGGUGCGAUUACAUCGCGGAGCUCGUGCCGUCUCUAGACAACUUUGUGUCGAGAGACACGGAGAAGUUUUUGGCAUCGUCACGGUUGGAGAGUUUGGUGGGUGUUCCUGAGAGGUUUUUGUGGCCUGAUAACCAGACGAGAGGUGGGGAAGAAGACUGCCGGAAGGCUACUCAUGUUUUACUGUCGGUGCUGCACAACUGUCGAGGUCGGGUCGAUGAAUAUGUCAGACAAAGGUGCACGCCUUUGGUCGCGGCCGCUUUGGAACGAGCGUUGGGCCCGCCUCGAGCAGAUGAAAUAGGCACGAAGCCCGACGGUGUGGUUGGCCUGUCGCCGGAUGCCGUCUGGCGGCCGCGGUUAGGUGCGGCUUUACUAGAUGUGUGGAACUCCUUACUGAUCUACAACCCUCAAUUAGCGUUACAUGCAUUAGAUGAGGGCAAAGUAACACCAGCUCAGACGCAACUGCUCCUGACGAAGUGGCUCGAAUUAGCACCAGACGCAAAAGGCAUGCUCUCUCGUAAACUAUAUGCUUUAGGAUUGUCUGCUGUAUUAUCCGUAGAGCCGUGCCCGCCAAAAGUACAACAAGCAAGACCCCAGAUGCUUUCGGCGUUAGUCGACGUCCUCGCCAACAUGAGGAAGAACAAGGAGGACAAGAUCUACGGGAAGGAGGAUGAUGAUGAUGACGACGCCGUCGCGUCGGCCGAGGACGAGUGGGUCGAGGACGACGACGACGACGACGAGGACGAUGAUGAUGACGACGAUCGGGAGGCCGUCCAGAACGGCAUGGGCGCGCAGCAGCUCGCUGGAAUUAGGGCAAGAUUAGCUGAAUUUGACGCGGCCGAGGCGUGGCUCCACGACGACGACGAUGAUGAUGAUGGGGACAACUACCUGUACGAGUCGCCUCUUGAUGACGAGGACCCGAACCAGCAUUUUGUCCGGGCGCUCCACGCGUGCAAGCGCGCGGGCGACUUCGAGGCCCUAUGCGCGCAGCUCGGGGCCGAGCGGCUCGCGACGCUCCAGGAGGUGGCGGUUGAGGUGGAGCAGCAGGCGUCGCAGGCGCUAGUGUAAUCUUAUUGUGGUGUUUAUUGUUAAAACAUACAGUUAGAUUCUACAACUAUCUUCCAUAUUUCUCUCUGAACCGCUCUCGCGCUCUUAUGCUCUCUCUCUCAAACCUCUCUCUUUCUUCUUCCGAAUAGCUCCU